AAAUCUUAAAAAAAAAAAAAAACCCAAAAAACAAAAGCAUAUUACUAAGAUCUGUUCAUGCAACAAAUUAUAAGAAAUACAAUUCAAUGCCAUUUAACAUCAUUAACAUUUAGAUUAUGGACCUUACUUUGUUUCACUAAAGCAACUGGGGUAUUGGAAUAAGCGGUUUAUUACAGGCAUAGGUAAGAAAUGUACAAAACCAGCAUGGACAGUAAUUAAAGACUAUUCAAAAGGACUGAAAAGCCAGUGAAAAAAGCUCCAUUUGGGCCAAACAACUUAAACAAAAAUAAUGACAAUAACAGCAAUGGAUUAUAACACAAGGUGUUUAAAUUCUCUGAUUAAUAAGAUGUCAUUGUAUAGUAGGAAUGGCAUUUUGGAAGUUUCUUUCAUUUUGUUCCUUUGGCCAUCCUGUGUUAAUACAAUCCUAUUUUAAAAGAGCUUCAUUACAUAACUCCCUUGGAGCACAAAUGCCUUCUUUUUUUUUUCCUCAAAUUUAUCUUGGAUCUGUAAAUGUCUAUUUCUGUAAAUAUAUCAACAAAUAUUAGGGGGCAACCUGGGUAGCAAUAUAGACACUAUUGAAAGUCAUCAGCAACUCUAACUGGAAAUAUGAAAAAAAGUUAAACGAAUAAAUGGGCCGUGGAAUAAUUUAACACUAAAGAACAAUGUUAUAUAAGUUAAUGACUAAUAUUUAUUAUACUUGAAUAUUAUUGCUUUUUGGGGGGAGAAAUAGCUCAGGCUUGAGUUUGGAAAUCAAAAUUUCCCCCUAAACACAAUUUUUUGGUCAGGACAAGAAAUGAAAAAGAAUAAUCCUGAAUUCAGAAUGAACAAUUCUUGUUAUAGACACUUGACCUAUACAUUUUCCCACAUAUUACUUAGGGAAGUUCUCUAACUUUCUGAGAAAUCACGUCUUGAACUAAAUACUGAAAUAGUACUAAGACAAAUGUGCAUAUUUGGAAGUGUUUAGUCAUUGGGAGCCCUGGCAUCUCUUUACUUUGUGUCACAAAUGGUUGCAAAUACUUUCUUUUUACUCUUCAUCUUAGGACAGAAGACCUCCAGUUCUGUAACUGACAGGCAGGCAGAAAUGACAGUGGCAGGAAAUGGGAAAUGGUUCAGGGUCCUGGAAUUCCCCUGGCUGCCUAAUUAAGUGGUUUGUUAUUUGGAAGUUUUUGAAAUGUUUGUCCCCUGGAGUUCCCCUGAGAGAAGCAAAUAUCUGAUUUCAUUGACAAAGUGUUUUUGCCGCAAUACAAGUAUUUACCACAGGUCACUGCUCCCGGCAGUAGCCGCGGUGAAGACAAAAUGUCCACGACUAGUAAAACCGAGAUUUUUACUUGUAUAACCUUUCAAUCAGUUAACUACGUAAAAUGUCACUGUUUAGUGGGCGCGGCUGUGGUUCAUUACGAUUAAAUAUUACGAUUAAAUAUACACGCACAUGAAUAUUCGCAUUCCGUUUUAGUCACAUGCAAAAACUAGGGCUGAAGUUUGGCGUGAGACCCCCGUUCAUACGCGCAGGGAUGACUGUUGGCAAUGAAAACACACUUGCUAGUGCCUUUAUCUACCAAACAAAAACCCCAUAGUUUAAAAGAUACAAGAGUCGACUCUAAAAUGGCACCAUCCUUAGAAGAUGAUAAAAAUCAAGCCUUCAAAUCAAUCCUCUGACGCAGGCAGAGGAUUCUUUAGCGUCUCUCAAACGAAGAUCAACUUGAUGCUAAUUGAAGCUGACAAACCCCCACAAGCCCAGCAUGCCGAGCGUCUGACUCUAGGGCUCCUUCCAACGCCGGCUUCCUCCACGUCCACGCCCAUCUGCUGCGCUUCAGGGCCACGCAGCUGCGCUCGGCAGCCAGAUGGCCACAGCAGUUGGAGGCCGCGAGCCGUUGCAAAAAACCGCUACAACUGUGGAUUAUUGAAGCAAAAAACGUCGGUGCGCCGCUGCCGCCGCCGCAGUGAGCUCCCACGGGACUGAAGGUCCGAGGUGACGCCAGCCCACGCGGCAGAGAAGCCGUCCAGCGGCGUGUCCGCAGCCUCCUCUCUGGGGCGUGAGGGGCGCAGGACACGUUCAAAGGCUACGACCGCCGCGUCCACAUCAAAGUUCCGCAUCGCCGCCGCUUCCCAUUCCGCGGCCGCAGACUCCCCGGCGCCACGCAGCGUCACCCGACCCAGGCCCGGCGCGCUGACGUCACCUUGCGUCGGCCUGGACGCGGCGGGGCGGGGGCCGGCGGAGCGUGGGACCUGCGUCGCGCUGCUGCUCGGGGCUGAGCCGAACCCCGGCCGCUUCGUGUGGGUCGCGCCGGCUCUGCGAUCUGCAGCCCUGAAGAGUCUGCUUUCACCUUUCUUCCCUCUUCUUCCUCUCCCCCCCCCAGUAAUAAAUCCCAACUUGGACACCGUGAACUUUAUAAAGGGAUAUAGUUUGAUUCUGUGGACUGUAAUUUUGUAUAUGAAAUAUAUUGUUAAAAUUUGAAGGGUUUUCAGAAAGAAGGCUAAUAGGGCUAGUCAUGCAUAAACUGUAAUCCUUUGGUAAUUUAUUUGUGAUAGCAUUAGAAAGGACAAACAGUAGUUCAACAUAUUGAUUGCUCUUUCGUUAUAAAAUGAAUAAUAGAGAUCUGUGAUCCUCAAGUAAAAGGUAGGUUAUUUAAUUUUUAAAUGCAGCAUAAAGUUUCUGCCGUGGAGCUUUUAUGUAUUACUGGUUUAUAGAGAUAAUAGCUUCCAUCGAUGAAAUAUAAUAAAGUAGUAUGCAAAGUUUGGAAGAAAGACAACAUAAUGAUGCUGUAGGAAAUGGAAACAGGUAAUAUUUAAGAAAGAUGGAAGAAUUAGCAGUUUGUGAACUUUAAAAUUAGUUUCAUUUGAUGUAGUUAUAACAGCUGUUUAGUUCAGCAAAGCUUGUGGAUGUCGUGUUAACAUCCUCAAAAGUUGUUAACUGAAGCUGAUGUAAUCCACUUCAGUAGAUGACAUUAGCCAGUAGGCAGUGUGACCCUCUGAACACUAAUUCUUGUUUACUAGGGUAAAACAACAUACUUUUUCAUAUCAAGUGCUUGCAGAGAAAGAAGCUUGCAUAUACAUCUUUUCUUGGUGUAUAAUGAGUAAUUGGUCUAAUAUCUGUAGGUUGUAACCAGAAGCAAAAGGCACAAUUUGGGUAUUUUAUCAUCCUUUAGAGUUAAACCUUUAAAAAUUCAAAGGGGUUAGAAACCUUUUUGAAGUACACCAAAUUCUUUUCAGCCAUUAGAAUAGGAUUUUACCAGAUAUGAAUAAACCCAGCAUUUGAAUUACCUAGAAGACUCACUAUAAUCCUAAGGAAUACUAAGUACUCUCUUGGUAUUUUAGGAGAGAUAUUGAUCCCACCUGAGUGUAAACUGGAGCAUGAAUCCAGAAAAAGUAGGUUUAGUCAGUUUUACUUAAGUAGGAGCCUAUCACUUGAUUCUGUUUUGUGGUUAAAAUCUAGUGUGAAAAAAUAAGAAAUUUCAUGUGAAGUUUUUUUAGCUGUCAAGAACUAAAAUCACUCAUGCACAAAACUACCUCCCAAAGACUUGUCCUAGGUUCUUCGUGUCAAAAAAUUAAGAAUAUAAUGGAAGAUAGCACACUUUUGUCAAAUUGGACAAAUGACAACAAACAGAAAAUGAAAUACGACUUUUCAUGUGAACUCUACAGAAUGUCUACAUACUCAGCUUUCCCUGCUGGUGUUCCUGUCUCAGAAAGGAGUCUCGCUCGAGCAGGUUUUUAUUACACUGGUGUGAUUGACAAGGUCAAAUGCUUCUGUUGUGGCCUGAUGCUGGAUAACUGGAAACAAGGAGACAAUCCAAUUGAAAAGCAUAAACAGUUAUAUCCUAGUUGUAGCUUUAUUCAGAAUCUGCUUUCUGUUACUAAUCUGGAUUUCACUUCUAAGAAUAAUUCUCUAGUGAGAACCAAUUCUGCACAUUCGUUAUCUCCCACUUUGGAACACAGUGGCUCAUCUAGUGGUUCUUACUCCAAUCUUUCCCUAAACCCUAUUAAUUCUAGAACAGUUGAAGACUUCUCCCCAGUGAGGACUAACCCCUACAGUUAUGCAAUGAGUACUGAAGAAGCCAGAUUUCUUACUUAUCAUAUGUGGCCAUUAACGUUUUUGUCACCAUCAGAAUUGGCCAGAGCUGGAUUUUAUUAUCUAGGACCUGGAGAUAGGGUUGCCUGUUUCGCCUGUGGUGGGACACUAAGUAACUGGGAACCGAAGGAUGAUGCUAUGUCAGAACACCGGAGACAUUUCCCCAACUGUCCAUUUCUGGAAAAUUCUCUAGGAAUGCUAAGAUACAGCAUUUCAAAUUUGAGCAUGCAAACACAUGCAGCUCGACUGAGAACAUUUACCUACUGGCCAUCUAGUGUUCCAGUUCGGCCUGAACAACUUGCAAGUGCUGGCUUCUAUUGUGUGGGUCGUAAUGAUGAUGUCAAAUGCUUUUGCUGUGAUGGUGGACUGAGGUGUUGGGAAUCUGGAGAUGAUCCGUGGAUGGAACAUGCCAAAUGGUUUCCAAGGUGUGAAUUCUUAAUACGAAUGAAAGGACAGGAGUUUGUUGAUGAGAUUCAGGCUAGAUAUCCUCAUUUACUUGAACAGCUGUUGUCAACUUCAGAUACCCCUGAAGAAGAAAAUGCAGAUCCACCAAUUAUCCAUUUUGGACCCAGUGAGAACCACAAAGAAGAUACAGUCAUGAUGAACACACCCAUGGUUAAAGCCGCGCUGGAAAUGGGCUUCAGUAGAAGUCUGGUAAAGCAGACAGUUCAGAGUAAAAUCUUGUCAACUGGAGAGAAUUAUAAAACAGUUAAUGAUAUUGUGUCAGCCCUUCUUAAUGCUGAAGAUGAAAAAAGAGAAGAGGAGAAGGAAAGACAAACAGAAGAGAGGGCAUCAGAUGAUUUGUCACUAAUUCGGAGGAAUAGAAUGGCACUCUUCCAGCAGCUGACUUGUGUGCUGCCUAUUUUGGAUCACCUCUUAAAAGCCAAUGUAAUUAAUAAACAGGAACAUGAUAUUAUUAAACAAAAAACACAGAUACCUUUACAAGCAAGAGAACUGAUUGAUACAGUUUUAGUUAAAGGAAAUGCAGCAGCCAAUAUCUUCAAACACUGUUUAAAAGAAAUUGACUCUACAUUAUAUAAGAACUUAUUUGUGGAAAAGAACAUGAAGUAUGUUCCAACAGAAGAUGUUUCAGGUCUGUCACUGGAGGAACAGUUGAGGAGGUUGCAAGAAGAAAGAACUUGUAAAGUGUGUAUGGACAAAGAAGUAUCUAUUGUGUUCAUUCCUUGUGGUCAUCUGGUAGUCUGUCAGGAAUGUGCCCCUUCUCUAAGAAAAUGCCCUAUUUGCAGGGGUAUAAUAAAGGGUACAGUUCGUACAUUUCUUUCAUAAAAGAUAAACAGGCUAUGUGUUAGCCUGUUUCUAUAAAAACCUUUGAAAAACUUGAGUAUUUUGAAGCCACAUGAGAUAAUGGUUUUUAGUUAAUAACAUUUGUGUUCCACACUGCUUAGUUCUAGCAAUUUUAUUUAAUAAAAAGUAGGUAGUCUCAUAUGUCAUAUUUAAUCUAAUCUCCUCAUAGAAAGGGAAGAUUUAAGUUUGAUGAGUUAUGUUAGUGUAUAUGUGGGAACAAUGGAUAAAUUUAAGAGAUCAUCUCAGUACUGUUAUGUGUCAUUUUACAAGUGACCUGAUUUUUUGCCUGAAACUUCUGAGUACUGAGUUUUUCUGAGUACUGAGUACUGAGUGCAGUUUUAAAUUGGAACUAGCAGUUCUGGAGUUUAUUGAAUUUAUAGUGCCAAAAUCUAUUUGGUGUUUUUCACUUGUGUUGUAAAAAUCCUGGUAAAUAAGCUUUUCCAGAUUUGUGAGACACAUUUUAAUAAAGUUCUUUAAAAAGA